GCGGGAUGACAUGCAGCCAUUUUUUGCCUGUAUGGGAGCCCUUCCCCCUUCAGCAUCUUCAGCAGGACAGUGAAGACGAAAAGCUGGAGCGGGACAACGGAUGCCAAUCGGAAGGAGACCUCACCGAAAAUGGCCUCGCCGCGAACAGUCACCAUUGUCGCCCUCUCCUUUGCACUGGGGCUCUUUUUUGUGUUCAUGGGCACGAUUAAACUCACCCCAAGAUUAAGCAAAGACGCCUACAGUGAGAUGAAAAGAGCAUACAAGAGUUACGCCAAGGCUCUUCCGGCGCUGAAAAAGAUGGGCGUUUCUUCAGUGCUUCUACGCAAGAUCAUUGGUACUCUUGAGGUGGGAUGUGGAAUAGUUCUGACCCUCGUGCCGGGGAGACCCAAAGACGUGGCCAACUUUAUUCUGCUGCUGGUCAUGCUGGCCGUGCUUUUCUUCCACCAGCUGGUCGGGGAUCCUCUAAAACGCUACGCCCACGCUCUGGUUUUCGGGAUUUUGCUGACGUGUCGACUGCUCAUCGCACGGCAGGCUGAGGAUCAUCCUGAGCGAGAGGAGAGACGAGAAGAGCAGAUCAACGCCCAGGAAAAGAACAAAGUCAAAGUUUCGUAGCUUCAUCGUUUCCGCGCAGGAGAUCCACGUUUCUCUGAUGGUAGAGAAGGUGAAGAGGGAGGAAGAAAUAAAAAAACGACAGUAGUCCCAAAAGGUGAUUCAUGCCCCAGAGCUACAUAUCGGAAGCCAGAAAAAACGAAUCAGUUCUCAUGUUAUCCUUACCUCAUGUUCCAAUUGUAAAUCUCAAAAUUCAAUACGGACAGUCACCAUUGAGGCAACUGUAUUGGCUGCAGGUUUGCAGCGAAAGAUUAAACUACUGUUAUUCCCUGCUGCCUGUAUUUAUUAUUAUUAUUAUUUAUGCCCUUAUUAAAGGGAUAUUUCACCAAAAACUGAAACUUUAGUCAUUGUUUACUUUCUUUUUGUUAAACACAAAAGAAUAUACUUUUAAAAAGUUUGAGAUGUAUCCAGCUGCAGACCCACACACGUUUCAGUACACACGAUUUAGGCAGAGACGAACCAUGUGUGAAUAAUAAAGGAUCAGUCUAUUUAUUCUUGUCUAUCGACGACUAAAGCCGCCUUUCCGCUGCACACAACAAACGACAAGUGACAGACUGGAAGUCAUUCAAUCUAUUGGAGAGUAGUCCGGGAGCUAUGUGGAGUUCUGAUCAUCUCCAUAUGCGGAAAAUCCGGAUCCGAUUUGAG